UCGGGCCAGGUCACGUACAUGAAAAGUGUAUUUUCCAAGUUAGAGAAUUUUUAUUGGAGUGAUAUGAGAUGCCCCAGCAUGGUCGGCGCCGUAUCGAUGGAAAUCUUCUACUUGCUAUGCUCCAUUGCUUCAAACUUCGUCUCCUCCUCCAUUCUGUCCCUCCUCGUCGCUAUCCAGUACCUUUCCCGUUUGCUCUCUCAUCCUCCUGCCAACGAACGCUGCUCCCGCGCUGCAGUGCGACUCUAUGAGGGGCGCGUGAGUCAUGUGCGGACAAAACCUGUUUUCAAUUCCUUCGAGUACCCAGUUCGCUAUGCUCUCUUUGACCUUGACCGUACUCAGUAUGGCUCCCAUCUCUCCGCUGAUCGAGCUCGUGAAGUAGCCGGGACCGAUGGACCAGUGUUUCUUCUCACAAUUCCAACAAGCGUGGGAUACAAUCAGAAUCCCCUGAAGGUAUAUUAUUGCUAUAAUUUGGGAGAGGAAGUGAAGGUGGAGGAAAGAGGGACUUCACCUUGUUUAAAGAAAUGCAUUGCCGAGGUGACAAAUACACCUUGGGGGGAGAAAGUGCUUUUUGAUUUCAUCCCGGGAACGGAUAUGGUAGCCAAGCCCUUGCAUGUUAGCCCGUUUAUGGACAUGAUGGGAAAUUGGACAAUCCAUGCCGAUGAACCUGGAGAAAACCUUCUCAUUUCUAUUUCAGUACAGCACCCCACUCUAGGAAAUUACUUCAUUGCUAGGCUGAGUGCUACCAAAGUUCAUUCAUCAACUACUCCAAAUUUGGAAUUGUAUUUCUGGUUGAUGCCGCAUAAGGUUGCAGCGUUGAUAUAUUGGCAGGCUGUCAAGCUUUGGUGGAAGAAUGUCCCAUUUAUUGGUCAUCCAAAGUACUCAAGUCCAUCCUACAGAGAUGUUGCUUUGUCGAGGGACAAUGAAUUGUGCCCUUUGCGCAUAAACGGAGCAGGUAGCGGUCACCUCAAUCAAAAUAGCAAUUGUGAAAGCAGAAGCAGGUGGUGUGUUUGGAGAGACGCUGAAUGGCCAUGGGCGUGAUUAUUGUGAAAUUUUAAUAACGCAACUGCCAGUCAAUUUAUGAAGCAAUAUUGUUUCAGAAUUUUUCUCUUUAUCUGAUUUAACUCAUCCAAAUUAAAUAAAUGUACAAAUAUGUGGAGUUGAUGCAGGAUGUAUAUCUAUUUUGAAGCCUGUGUAGCCAAGCAGGUGUGUUGCUCUUUACUAUUAAUUGCUAUAGUUGUCUUUUUGCAUUAUAAUAUUUUAACCUAUUAAAGAAAUAUUGUAAUGUUUGCCCUUUUGCCUAACAUUAAUCGAGGGCUGAAUUUUUAAAUUUGGAAGCAGAACCAUGUAAGCUAAUUUGAUCUAAA